CGAAAAUGCCGUUGCAAGAUAUACAUGUUUCAUUGAGAAAAAAACAUAUUUAUAAGGUAUUUGGGGGUGUUUAUGUUUCAAUAGUUUUUUGAUUUGUUUGGAAAGAGGUCAACUUGUUAUCUCCCUUAAUUGCUGCCAACUUGUUAUCUCCCUUAAUUGCUGCGAGUGUAAAUAAUCUGAUGAUUUAGAGUUGAAGAAGAUAUGAUACAUUGCACUAGAUUGGGGUCGUUAAAUCUACCGUUGACCUUUUAUUCUUAACAUCAAUGUUUUGAAAACAAUAAGUGAAUGCUUUCUUAGAGAUAGUAGUUUAUAGUCAGUUUCUUUGAAGAAAUAGUUCAAGGGUUGUGCGACACGGAAGGGCGCAGUAAAUCAUCAGAGGAUUGUUGUUGAACUUCAAUACAAAAGAUUUGCCAUAAGAUGGAGGUCUUCAGACACGGCGACAGAACCAAAGACGCGGGCACAUCUUAUCCAAAUGAUCCUCACAACAACAUAUCCUUCCAACCAUACGGAUUAGGAGAACUUACCCUUGGAGGUCGGUUAAGGUCAUUUCACCUAGGAGAACAAUUGAGAGGGAGGUAUGGCGACUACUUGAAUCUUCGUUACACGGUAAGUGAAAUAAAUUCUGUUACCACAAACUACAACAGAGCGCAAGAUACAUUGCGAUUAGUACUGGAUGGUCUAUUCAAUAGUAAAGGCAGUGAAAUGAAAAACGCUUACGAUUUUGCAAUUUUGCAGGUGGAAAACAGUUCCGUAUUAACGUUUCCAUAUUACUUUUGUCCACGUUAUCGCCAAAUAUACCGCGAGUACCAAGACUUUGGAGAAGGGCGAAAGAUUAAAAGCAAGUAUACCUCAAAUUUCCCGUAUAUUGCUUACCACACUGGAAACAAUAUCGAAUGUCUUAGCGAUUUGAAUCUCCUUUAUGACUGCUUGAGCACCGAGGAGGAAUGGAAAUUGCAUUUACCUAAAUGGACGUCGCUGGUGUAUAGGGACUACUUAGAGUCUGCUGCUAAAGACUUUCAUAGUAUGUCUGUAGCACUUCCGGAACUUAACAAGCGCUAUGGGGGUGUCUUGUUACGGCAGAUAUUAGACCAAAUGGACUUGAAGAUCAAUCACUCUAUGAACCACAAGCUUCACUUAUACUCAGCACAUGAUAUGAACGUCGUUGGACUGUUGGGAGCCAUGGGCUUAUAUCAUCCUCAUAUCGUACCAUAUACAGCUUGUGUACUGAUGGAAUUGCAUGAAGUGAAUAACACUUAUUGCGUUAAGGUACUAUACCAACAAACCGCCGCUCUAGGCUUUCAAGAAAUGGUGCUACCUGGUUGUGAGGCAUUGUGUCCUAUAAAGAGCUUUAGAACGAUAAUAGCACAAAAUUUACCGAAGGAUUAUGAUAAUUGCUAACCUAAAAAUUUCGCCCUCCUGAUAGAACGUUUAAAUAACUUAAGCUCAAUUCAUAUUUUAAAAUUUCGUGGUGCGAGCAAAGUGAUCAGCUGACUCAGGAAUACCGUGAAUAGUAAAGACAAAUGUUCCAUUAGUGCAAAAGUGCAUGCGGCAUCCCUCGAUACCUGGACUCGUCAUGAUUCAUAUUGGUUAGAUAACGCAGCAACAAGAUUGUAUAGUGCUCUUAAAAAUACUGUGUCCAGCUAUUGUCAAC